CUAAACCGUCCCUCACAGCAUUUCCUUAUCCACACGACCCGCGACGUCCGCGAGUUGAACAUUAACCAGGAGCGUUUAACAACACCUGCAGACGGCUUUCCCAGGUGUGAACAAGUGUGCAGCACAGAGACAUGUCGUCAUCACCGGGCAGCCCCAAGCAGCUCCCCCGGGGCAGGUCGACUCACGGCCCGACUAAAACAGCCUGGACGACCCGGUGCGACCACCUGCAGCCUCGGGGUGAUUUAACCGGGCGGACCUGGAGCAGACGGCAAAAGCCAAAACAAAAGACUGUGGACACAAUACCGGCAGAGGACAUCGGUCAAGUUCCGAUCAGGAGCACACGUGCUGAAAGGUCCUUUAUGUGGCGAGACUUCAAAAUACCGGAGGACAGACAGGAGGUCAAGACGGGUGCAACUCCAGACAUCGUCAAAGGAAGUGAGGAUGAGGACAUCAUCAGAGACACUGCCCAGCAUCAGGACCGCGAUGAUGAUCAGUGCGUCACCGUUGAAGAGAAACAUUCACCGUUUGAAGAAGAAGGGUCGCAAGGAAACGAACACAGUGCAACUGUGGAUUCAGGAGAGAAAAAGGUCCCGCUAAAAAGGCAGCCGAGCUGUGACUCCCUGUUCGGCGGGAAGCAGGUGAAGCCCGGCGCCGUGUGGAGGCCGUACGGCCCGCCGCUGUACGGGUAUGGCUCUUCCCUUAACCCGCCGCCCAGGAAGCGGCCGGACACGCUGCUCAUCCUCGCCGCCAUCUUCUACUGCCUGGCCGUCCUGACAGCCGUGGUGUUCGCUGUCUUCUUUAAGAUCAAAGUCAUGCCAGCCUACAUGACUCCUGCGGAGCCGGUGCCUGUGUGGAUGCAGCAGUUUUCCCCGGAGAUGCAGAGGUGGUACCAGUUGGCGCUCCAGGCCGCCGGAGGGGACACAUCAGCGAUACUGCCGCCUGGAUACGUGCCGCAACCGACCGUGGAGACUCCUGUGGCUGUACAGGAAUUUUGCGGAAACACGUCUCUGCCCGACUUGCCCCAUGGCCACUUCAACUACACCAGUAUCGCCCACCACAACAUCUACGUGCGCAUGUGCAUCGCCAAGUGUGACGUGGGCUACCAGACCGAUGACGCGGGCCUGCUGUUCUGCAACCGCGGCCGAUGGGCGCCGAUCGCGCCCGAAGUCGUGUCGACACUCGUCGGCGUCGGUCGGGCUGCCGACACGAUGCCGAACACCGACCCUCGGGUGUUCGAGUACCUCGGCAUCUCCGACCAAAUCUACGCGGACGUGGCGUUUAACAUUUUAGUGAAGGUUGAUGACGUCCCAAAUCUGUCUAUCAUAAAGACAUAUUUAAACAUGAUCUCAGAGGACAACAUCAUCGACUUCAACAUGAUGCGGCAGGUGUUGAUUUGGAUUGGCCCAACUCUAGACGACAAGGUGGCCAACCUGGACUUCCUGCAUAUUCUGUCUCGCCUAGAGACGUUUGGGGCGUCCAGACGACCGGUAUGCAGAAUCGUGGACUGUGGAGGAGACUUUGGGAACUUAGCUCAUGGCCGAGUCAACAGCACUGCGACCACCUACAUGUCUGAAGCCCGAGUGGUCUGUGAGCGAGGCUACCUUCCCCGGCACCCUGUACUGACGUGUAACGCUACAGGACACUGGGACAAACCUGCACAGUGCGACCCUGUAACCUGCAGCCCACCUGAGGACCCCCCGCACGGCUCGUACCUGUGCCCUGGUCACGUGUUCUCGGACCGCUGUGACGUCACCUGUAAUGCAGGGUACGUACCGGAAACGGACCACGCCCUGGGCUGCAGCUGGACCGGAAACUGGACCGCCUUCCGCAGAGGGAACACGACAGAGAUGGAAAAUGCUGUGUCAGCAGACGUUGUUAUCCCACAGACUCUGGCCUGUGCCAUCGCUGACUGUGGAAACAUCUCGACACCCGCACACGGUGACGUCACCUGUACAGGUACGACGUACGGCGAGACGUGUCAUCUCACCUGUCAGAACGGCUACGAACGGCUGGGACACGACAACUUCACCUGUCAGGUGUACCAAGUCACAGCCCAAGCAACCUGGAGUGGGGAGCCGGAGUGCACACCAGUGAGUUGCGGCUCCCCUCCUGAGUUCCCUAACACCGCCCUACAGUGCGCCAGCGGACACACCUACGGGAACACCUGCGGAGUCACCUGUGCGGACGGGUACGAAGGAACGAACCACCGGAGCGUAGCUUGUCAUAGCAGCGGCAACUGGAGCCUGCAGGAGGGAGCGCUCCAGCCAGUUGUUGGUGGACCAGAUCUGUUCUGUCAGAAGAAGGACUGCGGCAACCUUACUAGCCCUGCCAACGGCAGCCUGACGUGCAGCGGUACCAGGUACCAGGACUCCUGCCGCCUGACCUGUGAGCCCGGCUACAAAGUUGGCUACGAGGGCGGCCAUAUUCUUCACAGUCUGUACAACUUCAGGUGUCUGGCUAGUGGAGAAUGGAACAAUAAGCCGAGAUGUGUCCCGUCUAACUACUGCCGACUCGGCCUGCACGACUGCGACCCUGAGCACGGGAUCUGCGACCUGACGGGCCACCAGACCUUCAGCUGCCGCUGCCGGGUCGGGACGGUCGGGGACGGGAGACGCUGUGAACGGACCGCCUGUCCGCCUUUCCCGAUCUCCGAACCAGCAAACGGCUUCUUCAGGUGUUCUAUCCCAGGAUCCUCGGCAGAGUAUGCCAACAACACCUCCGCGGAGUACGAGGUCGUCUGUCUGCUCCACUGUAACCCUGGUUACGACAGGCUGAUCUAUGCCGAGUACUCCUGUGGACACGACGGGAGCUGGACUAUUCCUGUCGACAUAAACAGGCCAGGGAUCACGCCGUGUUUAGCUGUAAAAUGUCCAGACAUGGCCAGUCCUUUCCAUGGUACAAUGACCUGCAAUAGUGGCUCCGAAUUCCGCUAUCCGGAGGUCUGCAACUUCGCCUGCGACCGAGGCUACGAGCUGACGACUCCCACAAGCAGCCGCGAGAGACGCUGUCAGACUGAUGCAACCUGGUCUGGAAACGACGCCGUGUGCAUCGGUGUACAAUGCCCGUCCCUGCCCACUCCAACCAAUGGAUUAAUGUCCUGUAACAACGGUUCCUCCUUCCGCUACCCCGAGACUUGCAGCUUCGCCUGUAACAGCGGCUACCGGCUGUCAGGAAGCAGCAGUCGGACCUGCCAGGCUGAUAGUACUUGGACUGGGAGCGCUGCAGGGUGUAUAGUGGAGUGUCCGGUCCUUACCAGCCCUCAGAACGGCAGGGUGGACUGUACUGACCGACUAGAGAACGACAGGUGCACCUUCAGCUGUAACCAUGGUUACCACCUGCUGGGGUCAUCACAGGUCGUGUGCGGGUCGGACGGACAGUGGACAGGCACGGUCCCCAUCUGCGCAGCCUGUGACAGCGCAGCUGACAUCAUCUUUUCGAUCGACGUUUCCGGCAGCGUAUCGAGUCACUUCAACACAGUCCAGAACUUCAUCAAUGGUGUAGUAAAUUCUCUAACCAUCGGUGGAAAUCACGCGAGAGUUGGGCUGAUCAAAUUUGCAGGUAGCAGUGCCGAGAGGUACAUUUCUCUCACUGGCAGCAAGCCUACUUUGGUGUCUAUGAUCAGCACCAUGUUUAACAGUCACGGCAGCCGAGAGCCCUCUGUCGCGGGUUUGUCCGUCAUGCGUAACGAAUUCUCAACUUCCGGACGGCUAACAGCGAGGAAGAUCGGGAUCGUCCUUACCGACGGCUACGACAGUUCGAGCAGCGCUGUGAUAUCGGACUCGCAAACACUGAGGAACGACGGCACCACAAUUUUCUGUGUGGGUGUUGCUAGCGUCGGGAUUGAAACUCUGAACAACAUGGCCAGCAUGCCUGUUAUUGACCACGUGUUUACUGCCACGUUCGAUAAUCUACAGACUAUUGUAGACACUCUCCGUCCUAAGGUUUGGUGUUGAAUGGGUUUUGAGAAGGCUGUAGUACAAUUUUCU